CAAGUAGUUUAAGAAUUCGUCAUUGAAAAUAAAUUAAAUACAAUGUUUGAGAUCACAGAUACACAAAAAAUUGGAGUGGGACUUGCAGGGUUUGGAAUAUCUUUCCUCUUUCUUGGAGUCUUACUCCUCUUUGAUAAGGGUUUGCUUGCUAUCGGAAACAUUCUAUUUAUAUCGGGAUUAGCAUGUGUUAUUGGCCCGAAGAGAACCCUGAACUUCUUUUUCCAAAGACAUAAAAUAAAAGCCAGCAUUUCGUUUUUGGGAGGUGUUAUUGUGGUACUUAUGGGUUAUCCUGUUAUAGGAAUGAUUAUAGAAACAUAUGGUUUUAUAUUAUUAUUCAGUGGUUUCUUACCAGUAGCAAUAAAUUUCUUGCGGAGAGUACCUAUUUUAGGUACUAUUUUAAAUAUGCCUGGUCUAAGUCGAAUUCUAGAUAUGAUUGCAGGAGAUUCUAACAGAACAACUGUAUGAUGUGGUUCUUAACAUUACCGCUCAAAGAAUGUAUAUAAGAUUGACUAUUGUAUAUUGUGUCACACGAUCCCCUGUCAUUCCUUUUCAGUGUUUCGUGGAUCUCUUUUGUAUUAUGUAAAUAUUGAACAUGGGCAACAGAAUUCACUUACAUGUGUGUCAGUCAUUCAAUGUAACGUUAAUCUUAUGUAGACAUAAUAUAUAGAUUUUUCAUUUUCAUAUAAGGCAUAUUAUAAUGGUUGUAUGUGUGUAAAAGCAUUCCAAAAACUUCACAUUUAGAUGGGACAGGAAUUAAAAUUUAAGUAUGAAAAAUAUUUGUCAUUAAUUUGCUGUAUCAGUAGGUUAAUGAUACUGGAAGUUUUGUGCUUUUCAUUUGGAGCGUUUGUACCAAGAAAGCAAUGAAUGAAAUGUAAGUGAUGUAAUGCGUAUUAAAUGUAAUUAUUCCUUUUAAAAAAUAUACCAUUUUACUA